CAGUACUUGCCCAGGUUACUCCUAAGCGUCGUAAGUAUUUAUAGUAAUUACCUAGCCUAGGACUGACCUUCAAAGUUUUAGCUUCUUCCAAGUGAAAUUAUAUAGCCAAAUACCCCCCAAGAAACUCACCCAUAUUUAACUAAUAAUUACACACUAUUUUUACUUCAACUUAACCACCAACUUCACUACCCAACUACACGCUUUGAUUCAACUUUCAACAACUCCGCCAUCGUAAACAAAUUCCAACUUUAACAUCCACAUCCCCAUCUCUAAACAAUAUUGCGUUCUUCCAUCAGCAGUCAAUAUUUCCCUCCAACUCUCCGCAUUGCAUUACAACGAGCCUACGAGAAAUCGAAUCGGCAAGUGUCUUUUAAGGGAAGUUCCAAGAACAUCAAGAUGUCUAAGCCUCGAUUCAUUACCCUUCUCCCCGAGGACGGCUUCCGAUGGGUAACAAAAGGCCAGAACCUCCUCAUCACAAACAAGAACUCGGGUCUCAUCUACAAAUCAAUGAGACAAGCUGGACAAUAUGUGGACACCAAAUGUGUCUCCGAUAAUAUCUCUGAUCUCUUCGAUACAGCAGCGAAACUCGCAAAUCUCUGUGCGGAAUUGGACGACCCUGCAGAAUUCUGGGCCAACGUUGGUGCUCGAACUAGUUCUAGAUGGGCCAAGCUUACCACCGGACACGAAUUAUAUACCUUCUCUGUUAGGGUCAUCUCUGGACGACGCCUAUUCCAUGACGCGAUUGACUUCUUUGAGGAGAUGGAAAUCCCCCGCGCCGAGAUUCCAGAGUGGUAUGGAAAGCGCUUCUGGGGUGGUACUGAUGAGGUAGUCGAUAAGUUUACCGGGGCUAUUAUCAGAUUAUAUGGCCACAAUUCGAACAUCCGAGAAGUGUAUUACCCCAAGUGGACGGAUGACUCGGAUAAUGAGGGAUCUGCCAACGCCACGUCAGCACGUUUCUUCGAAGGCACCAAAGGCGUACAGACGAGUCAAGAAGACAUGGGCAUUGAUGAAAAUACGGAUAUAGGUGACCCUAUGGACGUGGAAGGCCCAAUUGUGGAGACUGGCCAUGACACCAGAGAUGAGGAAAUGGAAGAAGAGGAUUAUCACAUGGACGAAGGUGAAGAUUAUAUGGAAGAAGACGGAGAUUAUAUGGAAGAAGAGGAUUAUCACAUGGACGAAGGCGAAGAUUAUAUGGAAGAAGACGGAGAUCAUAUGGAAGAGGAUAAGGAUGAAACAUCCGAGAUAAGUGGCGAUGGCACAAACGAGCCGGUACUCGGGGAACCGAUGGAACUGACGCUUCGUUUCCACUAAGAAGCAACAAUACCCAGUGGUGGAAUUGAAUCAUGCUCAAUGCAAAUAAACUUCGUAGAUACCGUCUUCCCGAUCUUGC